UUUAGUGGAGUAAUAAUUAAUAUGUACUAAAAAUUUCGCCAUGCAUGGAGUUCCAGAAAGAACCAGACCACAAAUAUCUAUGAAAAAAAUAUUUAAAUAACGAAAAAAUAUGAUGUACGUUUGUUGCAAAAAGUAAGUACUAUAUAUAGUAUAGUAUAAGAGGGAAGAAGAUAAUAUAGUACUCAAAUAUGGGAGAGUUGAAGUAUGAACCUUUAUUUGAGACCAAGAAGGCUAAGGGGAGGAUAAUAUAUAGGCUAUUUGCAACUUCACUUUUUUGUGGGAUUUUGCUGAUAUGGAUUUAUAGAUUGUGUAAUAUACCAAAACCAGGUGAAAAUGGUAGAUAUGGUUGGAUUGGAAUGCUUGGAGCUGAACUGUGGUUUGGUUUUUAUUGGUUCCUCACUCAGUCUCUUCGUUGGAACAGAGUUUAUCGUCAAGCAUUUCGAGAUAGGCUAUUGCAAAGGUACGAGAAUGAGCUGCCGAGAGUAGAUGCAUUCGUGUGCACAGCUGAUCCUGCAAUAGAGCCACCAAUUAUGGUGAUCAAUACAGUUCUAUCAGUCAUGGCUUACAAUUAUCCACAGGAAAAGCUCAGCGUUUAUCUCUCAGAUGAUGCCGGUUCUGAGCUUACCUUUUAUGCCUUCCUAGAAGCUUCUCGCUUCGCAAAACAUUGGCUUCCUUAUUGCAAGAAAUUCAACGUUGAGCCGAGAUCUCCUGCUGCCUAUUUUGCAUCUUUGUCUGUGUCCGAUCAAUCUGAUGCAGAAUUUUCCGAAAUAAAGAGAUUAUACGAGGACAUGGCAAACAAAAUUGACGCUGCGUGCAAGGCUGGAAGAGUCUCAGAUCAAGCAAAAUUAGAAUACAAAGGAUUUUCCAAAUGGAGUUCAUAUUCAUCCAAGAAAAACCAUGCUGCUAUCUUGCAGAUACUAAUCGACAGCAGAGAUGAAGGGGCAAAGGACAUUGACGGGGUAAAACUGCCAACUUUGGUAUAUGUGGCUCGGGAGAAGCGUCCUCAGCACUUCCAUAAUUUCAAAGCCGGGGCGAUGAAUGCAUUGAUCAGGGUGUCCUCGGAGAUCAGCAACGGGCCAGUAAUUCUGAAUGUAGAUUGUGAUAUGUACUCAAACAACUCAUACUCGAUUCAAGACGCUCUUUGCUUCUUUAUGGAUGAAGAAAAAAGUCAUGAAAUUGCUUUUGUGCAAUUUCCACAAUCUUUCGAAAAUACUACUAAAAAUGAAAUUUAUGGUUCUCUAAGAGUAAUUGAUAAGGUGGAAUUCCAUGGUGCUGAUGGUUACGGAGGCCCUUUGUACACUGGAACUGGCUGUUUUCAUAGGAGAGACACCCUUUAUGGUAGAGAGUUUAGCAAGGAAGCUAGGAUUGAUUUGAAGAGUUCAUGUCCCGAGAAGAGGGAAGAAAACACGCACGAGUUGGAAGAAAGACUAGAACGCUUAGCAAGUUCUACGUAUGAGCAAAACACUCAAUGGGGAAAUGAGAUUGGUUUGAAGUACGGGUGCCCGGUCGAAGAUGUAUUGACCGGGCUGACAAUCAAGUGUAAAGGUUGGAAAUCUGUCUUCUAUCGUCCUAAAAGGGAGGCCUUUUUAGGGGUUACUGCAACUACUUUGGAUCAAAUAUUAGUGCAGCAUAAGAGAUGGUCCGAGGGCGAUUUAAACAUUCUGUUUUCCAAGUAUAGUCCUGUUUGGUAUGGACUUGGAAAGCUCAAUCCGGGCCUUGUGUUGGGAUAUCUCAAUUACUGCUUCUGGUCUCCGAAUUGCUUUGCAACUCUGUACUACUCUAUCGUUCCUUCGCUUUAUCUACUCAGAGGAAUUUCCCUGUUUCCACAGGUCUCCAGCAAAUGGUUCUUGCCAUUUGCAUACGUGAUAAUCGCGGAACUAACAUAUAGUUUUGCUGAAUUCCUGUGGAGUGGCGGAACAGUUCUUGGAUGGUGGAAUGAACAAAGAAUAUGGCUUUACAAGCGAACAAGUUCCUACAUAUUUGCCGUUCUUGAUACAAUGUUGAAGCUAUUUGGUUCGUCCAAUACAACAUUUAUAGUCACUCCAAAAGUGACUGAUGAAGAUGUGUUGUUGAGAUACAAACAAGAGGCAAUGGAAUUUGGAAGUGCUUCACCUAUGCUUACAAUAUUGUCAACAUUGGCAAUGCUCAAUCUUUUUUGCCUUAUGGGGUUGGUGAAAAAGUUGAUACUAACAAGAGAAUUGGGAUUCAAAUAUGUAUUUGAAACUAUGGCUUUGCAAAUUUUGCUUUGUGGGGUUCUUGUUUUUGUUAACUUGCCUUUGUAUAAUGCUCUUUUCUUUAGGAAAGAUAAGGGGAAAAUACCUAGUUCUACUGCUGUUCAGUCUGUUGUUUUUUCACUUUCUGUUUGCACAUGUAUUGCAUAUCUGUAGAACUAGUACUCUUAAUUUUGGAUCCUUUUUAAGAACAUUAUGUAAUUUUGGACUCAUGAGAUGAAACUAAAUCCUUACCGAGUUAAAGUUUUAUGUA